UGCGGAAAGAACUCGUUGUCCCAGCGUGCCCUGCGCCGCAGCCCGCGCGUUCGCCCCUUCUCGCUCUCGCCCGCCCGCUCCCUUGCUUGCUCGCGCUUUUGCUCGCGCUCUCCUCGCGAAUCCAAGGGGCUCUGGCCACAGCUUGUGGCUAGGGAGGGAGACCCAGGCGGCGGCUCAAGGGAACCAGGCUGCAGUGGUGGUGGCGGCGGGAAGAUGUCGGGCGAGGACGAGCAGCAGGAGCAAACUAUCGCCGAGGACCUGGUCGUGACCAAGUAUAAGAUGGGGGGCGACAUCGCCAACCGGGUACUUCGGUCUUUGGUGGAAGCAUCCUGCUCAGGUGUGUCGGUGCUGAGCCUGUGUGAGAAAGGUGAUGCCAUGAUUAUGGAAGAGACAGGGAAAAUUUUCAAGAAAGAAAAAGAAAUGAAGAAAGGUAUUGCCUUUCCCACCAGUAUUUCAGUAAAUAACUGUGUGUGUCACUUCUCCCCUUUGAAGAGCGACCAGGACUAUAUUCUCAAGGAAGGUGACUUGGUAAAAAUUGACCUUGGGGUCCAUGUGGAUGGCUUCAUCGCUAAUGUGGCUCACACUUUUGUGGUUGGUGUAGCUCAGGGGACCCAAGUGACAGGGAGGAAAGCAGAUGUCAUUAAGGCAGCUCACCUUUGUGCAGAAGCUGCCCUACGCCUGGUCAAACCUGGAAACCAGAACACACAAGUGACCGAAGCCUGGAACAAAGUGGCCCAUUCAUUUAAUUGCACGCCAAUAGAAGGUAUGCUGUCACACCAAUUGAAGCAGCAUGUCAUCGAUGGAGAGAAAACCAUUAUCCAGAAUCCCACAGACCAGCAGAAGAAGGACCACGAGAAAGCUGAAUUUGAGGUACAUGAAGUAUAUGCUGUGGAUGUUCUCGUCAGCUCAGGAGAGGGCAAGGCCAAGGACGCAGGACAGAGAACCACCAUUUAUAAACGAGAUCCUUCUAAACAAUAUGGCCUGAAAAUGAAAACUUCACGUGCCUUCUUCAGUGAGGUUGAGAGGCGUUUUGAUGCCAUGCCGUUUACUUUAAGAGCAUUUGAAGAUGAGAAGAAGGCCCGGAUGGGUGUGGUGGAAUGCGCCAAACAUGAACUGCUGCAGCCAUUUAAUGUUCUCUAUGAGAAGGAGGGCGAAUUUGUUGCCCAGUUUAAAUUUACAGUUCUGCUGAUGCCCAAUGGCCCCAUGCGGAUAACCAGUGGUCCCUUUGAGCCUGACCUUUACAAGUCUGACAAGGAGGUCCAGGAUGCAGAGCUAAAGGCCCUCCUCCAGAGUUCUGCAAGUCGGAAAACCCAGAAAAAGAAAAAAAAGAAGGCCUCCAAGACUGCAGAGAAUGCCACCAGUGGGGAAACAUUAGAGGAGAAUGAAGCUGGGGACUGAGGUGGGUCCCAUCUCCCCAGUCAGCCGUUCCUGCCUCAUCCCCUUCCCACCACACCCCAGGCUCUGUGAGGUGCAGUUCGUCUUCUCCACCCAGGACCGCCAGCAGAUCAGGGGUCUCCCUGCCCCCAUCCCAGUCCCCCAACCCAACCCCUUCCAACAAGAACCAGCUCCAACUGACUCUGGUCUUGGGAGGCCAGGCUUCCCAGCCACCGAAGACUACUUUAACUAGAAAAGAGAAAUUGAACAAUAAAAUCAGGAAUCAAAAUCCAUCGUCUUCAAGCCCCUCUUUCUAGCCUUUUUCUACUACUGUCUGCUUGGUAAAGGUAUGGCCCUACAACAAAACAGGGAGGAGGCUAAAGGAGCUACCACCAUUAAAGAUUGAGCUGAAAUUUUUAUACACUCUGAUUCAGCAUUUUCUCUUCUGUUGGGGCUUUUUCCUCUUUUCCCACUCUCCAUAAGUAUUUUAUCUGGCCUCAAAGUAGAGAGGAGCUGUUCUUCAGAUUAUUUUAUUCACAUGUGGUAGGUUCCUUUUCUGAUCCAGGCUAUCUGGUCAGGCCCCUCCUUUUUUUUAGGAGCUGGAGCCUGCACUUACCAAGGGAUUCUCAUCUAUGAAACGGAUCCUCAUUUGUAAAUCUUUAUAGUCAUUUUUCUUCUGUAGGACACCACCGCCCCCCACCCCCCAAAAAAGAACUGUAAAGGAGGAAUUAAUUUUAACGGGUCCAUUACUUUGGAGUCAGUGGGCUCUUCCCUUGCUCCAUCGUACAAACCUGAGCUGAAAGCUCAACUGCAGUUUUGUUCCCCAUUUGAAACAUUUUGACCUCCCUCCCUUGAAAGAAAGACCAGGAACCAGAGGAGCAGACUGACUGAAGAGACAACUCCUGGCUUUCUACGCUGUGUGGACUUGAAUUGGAUGAAUUGCUAGGGGUUUGGAGAGAAAGGUGAUGAAUUUUAUUCAGUACCUCUGGCAUGCUGUCCCAGGGAACUAGGGCUCCCGCUAACUUAGGAGGUUUUUAAAUUGAAAACGACAUGGCGUUGAAAUAAAUGUGGAUUUGCUCAUAA